GCUGCGGGCUCGGCGCGAUGGCGGCGCCGGUGCAGGGGCACCGAGCGCGGUACAAGAGCCCGGGCGGGCCGUCAUGGAGGGAGACGUACCGCAGGCGCUGCAUGGAGCGGCUGAGGAGCAGCCGGGCCAAGCUGCUGGACCGGUACCGCCAGGCCGGGGACGGGGCGUGUGCGGCAGCGCCGGGCGCGCUGCUGGUGCAGGAGGUGAUGGAGCAGGAAUGGCAGGAGCUGCGGGACAGGCUGCCCGGCCUCCACGGAGAUCAGCCCAUGGAGCAGAUGCUGGAGGACCCUGAUGAGCUGGCAGUGCUGGAAGAGAUCCAACAAGAAUUGAUCUUGCAAGAGCAGUUGGUUAUCGAGGAGUACGAGCGGAGCCUGCGCUUCGAUGAGGAAUGUCUCAACGCCAUGCUCGACGGCCUGGAUGCCACUGACGGGGUCAUCUGCCCAGUAUGUAGGAAGAAUAACCUGACUGUGAGGGCUCACUUGGUUUGUUGCCAGUGUGGAUUGUACAUCAGCACACAGGAUAUGACAGAAGAGAAGCUUCAGUCACUUCUGGAAAGCACCUUGACAGAGCACAGCCAGAGGUGCUCGCACAGCCCUGAGUUCACAGUCACCAGUGGCAUGGAGGAGGAAGCCAGCCUGCUCAUGAGCUGCUCAGUCUGUGACUCCUGGAUGAUUCUUCUCUAAGGUGAUUCAGAUGCUGCUUUACUUCUGGAAGACUUCAAUACUAACUUCACCCAGAGCUGCUAGGACUCUUGUGUACAUAUUUCUAACUGCUGUGUCAAAAAGACACUUCAGAAGGCAGUAGUAUUGCCUUGACCUGCACUUUUAAUCACACAGGACAUGUUUUGAAAUAAAUAUAUAUUUAGUUUA